AGCUCACAGUCCUCCACACACGCUGGUGGACGGCGGACGGCUUCUGACUGCUUAGCUGUGGGUCUAUUUUCUCUCAGGUGGAGCUGUCACACAGACUCACCCCCCCUGCGGCUGUCAAACAUGUUAACAGACGUGAUUUUGGAGGAAGAGUUUGACAAGAGCGGAGAGGCGUGGUACGACCCGCGGGAUCUUGAACACGAUCUCCACUUGGCAGCGGAGCUUGGGAAAACCCUCCUGGACAGGAACCAUGAGCUGGAGCAGGCCCUGCAGCAGAUGUACUCCACCAACCAGGAGCAGCUGCAGGAGAUAGAGCACUUGAACAAGCAGGUGGACCUGCUGCGUCAGAUGAACGACCAGCACGCCAAAGUGUAUGAGCAGCUCGAUGUGGCCGCCAGGGAUCUGGAGCAAGGCAACCGGAGACUAGUGCAGGACAGCCGCCUGGCCCAGCAGAAGAUCCACAGUCUAACAGAGACUAUUGAAGGGCUUCAGACCUACAUGGAGGACCUGCAGACCCAGGUGGAGGAGCUGAAGACCGCCCAGGCAGAGCGAAACAAAAGAGAGCUGGCAGAGCAGCGACGCAACCUGGGAGCACAGAGUGUGUCCUGCCUCAAAGAGCUGUAUGACUUACAACAUGACAGGCAUCCAGCCGACGACAGUCUGCGUGUGGACGGACUCUGGUCUCUACGGGGCUCUUUCUACGACAGAGACAGAGACAGACGCCAAGACCCGGAGGAGGAGAACGCGGCUCUCCAGCGCUCGGUCCAGACCCUUCAGAGCCAGAUAGCUGUGGAGCGGAGCCGCAGGGAGGCUGCAGAGCGUGAGAGCGAGCUGACAUCCACGGAGAACCAAGGCCUGGAGCAGUCGCUGGCCUCGCUGGCCGGCUGCCGAGCCAGGAGGACGGAGCUGGAGGCCGAAGUGGAGCAGCUGCGGCUUCUGUGGCGCGCCGACUGUGCCAACAGUAUCAGAAGACCGGAGCAGCUGCUGUUGCCUGAUACAGUAUUCUUUGCCUCAGAAGACAAACCCAGCCCGGGGCAGGAUGAGAUCGAGGAGAAGGUAGAAAAGGAUGAGGAGCAGAGACAAUACACUCGGCAGAGGUGUAACAGUGACAGCGUUUUGAGAGCGGCGACCACAGACGAGAUUCGCCGAGGUCACGAGCAGCUUUGCAUAAGGCGAACAGAGGCGGUGAAACAGAGGGGCAUCUCUCUGCUGAACGAGGUGGAUGCACAGUACAGCGCACUGCAGGUAAAAUAUGAUGAGCUGCUGCGGCGGUGCCAGCAGACAGACGGGCCCAGCCAUAAAGCCGUGCAGACGCCCAACGGUGCCUCUGCGAGCAGCCGGACCCGCCGUCGCCGCUCCUCUGCUGCUCUGUCAGAUCUGACAGGGGUUCUUGACGGCCAGCAGCCCGAGUACAAGGCUCUCUUCAAGGAGAUCUUCACCUGCAUCCAAAAGACCAAAGACGACCUCAGCAACAGCAGUUGUCCAGUCGAGAACAGUGAUGCCCACGGCUCUGCCAGAUGAUUGCAUCAUUCUUGCACUAGUUUGUCUGUCAAAGUAUUUUUUGCUAUAAGAAAAUAUCCAGAGGUGCAGUAUUUUUGACAAUUGACAAUCCUCUUAUCUCCGGUCAUUUUGAUACAUCUAUGCUUUUGUUAGUCAGCACUGUUCCUUUAAUUCCGUCCUUAUCAUAAAAUGAAAUGUUAUAAAAUGUGUUACAUUAAGCAGCUGUGUGAUUUGGAGUAAAAUUACAUUUUGAAGUUUAACAACAAAUUUGAAAGAAAAACUAUAGAUGAAAGAAUAAUUGUAUUGGGAGAUAUUUAUAGUAAGAAUAAUAUAUACUAUCUGAUCCUCCGCUAAUAAAAAGUACAGUAUUCUGUGUUUAUGUAAUGUUAAUAACCCUGUGACCAUUUGAUUAUUUGGUGCCUGGGAGAGAAAUGCACACAUGGAGCAUUGUUUGUGUGUUUAUAUAAGUUUGAGACGUAGCUGUUAUGUGUAACUUAUAUAAACAGGAAUGUUGUAAUAGGAUGGAAAACUGUAGCUUUGUAAAAACUAAAGACUCAGGAGUUUAUGGCAAUUAGCUUAACAGCUAAUGAGAGGUGGUUUCGUAAGUUGGCAAUAGUUGGUUCACCGGUUGAGGGUCAUUGGCGUGUCACCAGAGAAAUAUCAGUGGACACUGGAAUACUAAGAGAAUAGUUAGACACAUAACAGCUCUGCACUUUUUAUGACUGAAUCACAUUUUUUUUAUUUAUUUGUUUAAAGAAGUUUAGUAAAGAUUAAAAUAUAUUUAUUUCCUUUGUCGUUAAAUAUGCAGAGCAGAUCGGUCAACAGAGUAAGAAAUACUUCACUGAGGUGCUUAUUUUGUGGAUGUUAAUAUUCGGUUUGGCGCCGGUUAUGGAAAAACAAUACAGAUGCAUAAUGGAAAAAAAAAAAAAUUCCCUUGUUUAUUAACAAUUUCCUGCUUCUGACUUGGUCAUUUCCUGCUCUUAAUGUAGAACUGAUAUUUUGUUGAUCAGGUUACUAUGAACAAUCGAAACACUUUCACUUUCCAUGAGAUGUGAUGCUCAUGUGAAAAGAGAUGCUUAAAUAACUAUGCUGAUGUAUUUAAAUACAGUUGAGUAUAGUACAGCAUUUAGCAAUAUGCUGUUUUGAAACUGUGAAACU